AUGGUUAUUGCUCGGACGCUACAGCUUCGCAGAACGCGUCUGGAGUGGUUGACGCGACGGUUGGCACUUAGCGGUGGCAUGUCAAGGCGCGAAGCCCUAGCUGCCAUCGAAAAAGGCGCAGUACAGGUCGAAGGGCGAACGGCUACGCGAGAUGUUGAGGUUUGUGAUGAAGCAGACAUUUCGUUCAAAGGGCAGCGCAUCCCUGCAUCUGCAGCGUUGCCUGCGCUCUUCGGGAUGCACAAGCCUCCCCGCGUGGCGUGCACUUACACUCUGAAAGCGUCGGGGCCAACCUUGAAGUCAAUCCUUGCACAAGUCCCGCCACUUGAUGCGCACAAACUGAAAGAGGUGAGGGAGAGGCCUUCGGAGGACAGCGCAGUUCAUAUGCAGGCUGAGAGAGGGAGCCUCACGAGGGUCACCUCUAAUGAAUGGCAUCGCGAAGAAGUACGCGGAAGCAACUGGGAGGCAGGCAGAAAUGCCGAAGCUGGGCGUGACGAAGGCUUGUAUACGGAACGCCAAGGCGACGGAAGCUUACGUGCCUGCGGAACCGAAAAAACUAUAAACAGCAGUACCAACGGCAACACCCUGUGGAAUGUACCAGGUCACCUGAUACCAGUGAACUACCUGCCUCUUCACGCCGAGGGCCUCGUCCUGCUGACGAACGACGGUGGCUUCGCGCAUGCAUUGCGUAACCCACUUAACAAGAUCGUUACCGCAUACGACUUUCGCGUUAGCGGGCAGCUCCCAUCGAUGGAACUAUGGCGGCAGUGGGCCAUGGGUGUAUGCAGGGAUGGCGUGGACUACGGACGCGUUUGGGUUCAAUUACUUAGGCCUUGCCCAUCCGGUGGUUGGCUUCGGCUAAAGCUCGUGGAGCCUCCUGGGGCAGACUUUCGGUCCCUUUUGGGAAGCUGCGGUCUAAAGAUUCGCCGCGUACGUCUAUAUUCAUUCGGCCCAUACAUGAGCUCAUCUGUACCUGCGGGACCUCUCAUUCCUUUACCCAUCGACCAGGCGCUGCUGCCGCUUGCACCGGUCCAACGGCCCCGCUUAAUGCUGGUGCCUUUAGAGGGAGAGAUCCAGGCAACACUGGACGCUACUGCGCACUUGGGGAGCUUAAAGGGCGGAGGCUUCCCAGCGGCGCGUUUACUUAAGGAGAACUCGGCUCUUGCGAACCAGCGCCUAAUCAAGGCACGUUGA